UCGAACUCCUCUGCCUCCUCUCGGCUUGCUCUGUUUCGGUGGAAGGAGGAAUGAAGGAGAUAGUGGUCGGAUCCGAUGUGGGGCGGAGGGGGACGCCGUCGCCUCCACCGCCGCCUCCGCAGGCGUUGCUGGAGAGGCUCAAGGACUACGGCCAAGAGGACGCCUUCGCCUUCUGGGACGAGCUCUCGCCGGAGGAGCGCAACCUCCUCGUGAAGGACAUCGAGAGCUUAGAUCUUCCUAGAAUCGAUCGGAUCAUUCGAUGUUCACUUGGAUCUCAAGGCCUGCCGUUGCCUGCUGUUGAGCCCGUACCGGAGGCUAGUGUUUCAACUGUGGAAGCAAGAAGCCUUGAGGAAAGAGAGAGGUGGUGGAAGAGGGGAUUGAAGGCUAUUUCAGAAGGAAAGUUAGCUGUGGUACUUCUUUCCGGCGGACAGGGCACUCGUCUUGGAAGUUCAGACCCGAAGGGAUGUUUCAAUAUUGGACUUCCAUCUGGAAAAUCACUCUUUCAACUUCAGGCUGAAAGAAUUUUGUGCAUCCAAAAACUUGCAUCUCAGUCAAACGACACUGGUUUUAUGCCGAUCCACUGGUACAUAAUGACUAGUCCAUUUACUGAUGAAGCCACCCGCAAAUUCUUCGAAAGUCAUAAAUAUUUUGGCUUAGAAUCUGAUCAAGUGACAUUUUUCCAACAAGGUACACUUCCCUGUGUUUCUGGGGAUGGCAGAUUCAUCAUGGAGACUCCGUAUAAGGUUUCAAGGGCUCCUGAUGGAAAUGGAGGAUUAUAUUCUGCUCUUAAAUCUUCAAAAUUACUGGAAGAUAUGGCAAUGAGAGGUGUGAAAUAUGUAGAUUGUUAUGGAGUUGAUAAUGUGCUGGUCCGUGUUGCUGACCCAGCAUUCUUGGGAUAUUUUAUUGACAAAGGUGUGGCUGCAGCAGCAAAAGUUGUACGGAAGGCCUACCCACAGGAAAAGGUUGGAAUCUUUGUCCAGAGAGGCAGAGGUGGGCCUUUUGCAGUGGUUGAAUACAGCGAGAUGGAUGCAUCAAUGACGACUGAGAUCAAUCAGACCACUGGGCGGCUUCGCUAUUGUUGGAGUAAUGUAUGCCUACAUAUGUUCACCCUGGAUUUCCUGAAUCAAGUAGCAAAUGGCCUUGAAAAAGACAGCAUUUACCACCUGGCUGAGAAGAAAAUCCCUUCAAUCCAUGGAUUAACUAUUGGAUUUAAGCUGGAGCAGUUCAUUUUUGAUGCAUUUGCAUAUGCUCCAUCAAUGGCACUUUUUGAGGUCCCGAGGGAGGAGGAAUUUGCACCCGUCAAGAAUGCCAAUGGAGCAAGUUAUGAUACUCCCGACAGUGCUCGACUGAUGCUUCUUCGCCUCCACAGUCGUUGGGUAGUUGCAGCUGGUGGCUUUUUGACACAUUCAGUGCCUCUAUACCUAACUGGUGUGGAAAUCUCUCCACUUUGCUCCUACGCUGGGGAGAACCUCGAAGCUAUAUGCCGUGGAAGAACUUUCCACGCACCCAGUGAGAUCACGAUUUAGGAGGAUGAAUCCUUCAGAGGAUGAUAUGGAUCUGGCAUGUUUCCUACAUAUUAUUCGUGUUGUUGAUGAUGAUUAAACUAACAGGAUGAUCUUGGCCCUGAGUUUCAUUUCUGGCAAGUCUUGGAUUUGCAGCUGAUGCUCAUUAAAUUUUGUGUUUUCAGCGUCUGUUAUUUGUGCAAGACUUGUCUAUUUUAAAAUAUAUGGUGUAACAUCUGAGCUUGUAUGGUUGACAAA